CUCGCACUACAGAGCGCACGAGAGUGGCGCGUAACCGGACCGCGCGAGACCGAGGAGGAGGAUUCACUCUCAGUUUAACCAUCAGCCGACACGCGCUUCUAAAUCAAAGACUUCAGCGCACUUGAUGCUCUAUUGACAAAGCGAAGGAAGCGACUGUUCCUCACCGGAAUUCUUUGGAUUAUUCAUUCAUCAUGUGGACAGUGUUUCAUGUGAAUCUUUAUCUAAAUAAUUCAACUGAGUAUUAGAAAGCUAAUGAUUAAUGGCAACCUGAGCUUGUCAAAAAAAUAGGGAAGAAACAGACCUUCUCCAGAAUGUGUGGCCCGACAGCAGAGUCAUGUCUGUUGUGGAGAUUCAUGGUGCUGCUAUGUGUUUUGGCCAAUAUAACACACAGAAGCAGCGGCUGCCCCAAAUCAUGCGCAUGCUACGCUCCGUCUGAAGUGCACUGCACAUUCAGAUACCUGAGUGAAAUACCCAGGGGCAUUCAGCCAGCUGUUGAAAGAAUUAACCUGGGGUACAACAGUUUAUCAACUCUUAAAGUGAACGACCUCUCUGGACUAAAAAACCUGGAGCUGUUAAUGCUGCACAGUAAUAUUAUCAAGACUGUUGAGGACGGUUUGUUCCAUGACCUCACAUCUCUGCAGGUUCUGAAAAUGAGUUAUAACAAAGUUGAGAAACUAAACAAGGACACAUUUAGAGGCCUGGACAAUCUUGUACGUCUUCAUAUGGACCAUAAUCACAUUACCUUCAUCCACCCAGAGAGUUUUUAUGGAUUAAAAAUGCUGCAGUUGAUCAACCUUGAGGGAAACCUGCUCCAACAGCUUCAUCCAGACACUUUUAUAUCACUGCGGUUCAGCCAGAUUUUAAAAUGGUCAUCUCUCAAGACUAUUUACUUGUCAGACAAUGCUUUAACCACAUUGCCUACGACUAUAUUUUCUGGCUGCAACAAGAUAGAGAAUCUCUUCCUUAGUGGAAACCCUUGGUCAUGUGAUUGUCGGAUGAGUUGGCUUGGACAAUGGCUAGAGAAACACCCUGGUGUUUUAAAAUGCAAAAGAGACAGGAAGUUUCUCAAAGAACAGUGUCCCAUUUGUGAAUUCCCAAUUACCUUGAGAGGCAGCAGCAUUGUGCAUUUGCAAAGGGAUAGCUACACAUGCAGCAGACCUUGGAUUCAUCCUCACUUGAAACAGAGCAAUUUUACCUUGGAUGAUGGUGGCUAUACCUCAGUCUAUCCUAAAGAUUUUGUUGCACCCAUUGGCAUGUUGGAAAUGAACAUCACAGAUCAAUUCCACAACAAUGCCUGGGUAGCAUGUGUUGUGCAGCGACCUACAGGAAUGGAAAACUUAACUGCAAGCUUUGGACAGAAUGGAAAAGAUUUAACUGGCCUUAGCGCGAUCAUUUCUACGUCGUUGGUCUGCAACAUUGAUUAUGAUAAUAUACGUCAGAUUUGGAAUAUUUUGGCUAUGUAUAGUGAGUCCCCGAUGAGACUUGAGCGAGAAGUACUACUUUCUCUGCAACCAGAUAUAGUUUACACAUACAAGCAAGUAGUAUCAAUGGAAGAUGAUAUUUUUACAGAAAUUAAAGCAAACAUGAAAGCCAAUCAUGAAUGGUUAAUGCAAAGUACAGUCCUGCUACAGCUGGACCGCAUUACAACGACAUUUCCGAACCUUACUAUCAAGUAUUUAUCCAAUGUUCAAAUAGAUGUUGACAGCAGCAAGGAUGAAGGAGACCAGUAUGGUUGGGCAAUGAUUAGAAAGGACAAUCAGACCAAGACUGAACACUCAGUACUUGCUGGUGGAGUGAUGGAAUUGAACUGCAAGACCUUUGGGGAUCCUAAACCCAUUAUAGAGUGGAUUCUACCAGAUGGAAGUAAGUUACCUGCACCAUACAACAGCGAGGAUCAAAGGAUUGUAGUAGCUUAUGAUGGAAGGCUUACUUUAAAAUAUGUUGAGAUCUCAGACACAGGUGUCUAUCACUGCAUUACAACUAACUACCUGGAUGCAGAUGUUCUUGCAUUCAGGGUCACUGUGCUUCCCCGGAAUAUUGAAGAACAAGAGAUUAAUGGGAUUCGAAUCUCUCAUACCCUUGGUCAGAACCUGCGUCUUGACUGUACAUCAGCCUGCAGUCCAGAGGCUUCUGUUCAGUGGAUACUUCCUGACCACACAAUUUUAGACAAGUCCUAUGGCAACAGAAAGCUCUAUAGAAAUGGCACUUUGGUAAUACAUGGACUGACAUCCCGAGACAAAGGAUUUUACAGAUGCUUAGUUGGAAAUUUUCUGGGAGCAGAUUUGCUAGCUUCUCACGUAACUGUUCAAGGUGAUUUGUCAAAUACCACAAAGCCUAAGGAAUCUGGUGAUCACGUUGUACAAAUUAUAGAUGAUAGCCAGAAACUUGGAAGUAGGUAUCUCUCUCACAGGGUUAGUGAGGAGUCAAGAAGCAUUACCUCAGGCAGACCAUACACUUGGCUACAGUCCAGAUUUCAUAAAGUUCCCGCUGGCAGAAGAGGAAAUAUAAGGAACUCUGGAAGAGUCUUUAAUGAAAAGUACCAGCAAGAAGAUGCCAUUUUCACCGAUAUGUCUCAAAUUAAAAGAGCAAAUAAAAAGACAAUAAGUUUAGAGGUGUCUAAAACACCAUCUGAUGACAAUGAUGGAACUUCAGGGGAUGGUAUAUCUGAAGAUGAAUUUAUUGUAAUGACAACUACUCAAAAACUUGAGCAUAGCACCAUUAAAAUCACAGAUAUUAAAAUCCAAGAGACUGACAAAACUGGCAACAGUGGUUUCAUUGAAGUAAAAUAUGAUACCACUAGUAACAUGUUAAGAGCAAAUGAGAAAACAAAUUUGGUUACAACAACAUCACAUGCUCAUACUCAGACACCUGCUACCCCAAUAAUGGCCACUUAUACAUUGAGUAAUUAUGGGACUCAAAGAGAUGAGACAACUCUGAAUACAACCAAGUCAGAUUACAUAUUAAGUCAUAGUGAUGGAAAACCCCACAUAUAUGAGAAAGCAACAAACAGACCUUCAGAAGCUGCAGAGCUUCUCUUCUCUGGGGACUCAGAAGAUGUUACUACUGGAACAACACCACUUUACAACUCCCAGGGCCCAAAAGUCACCUAUUUGGAACCUAAGCGUCAGGCCAUAUUCACAGCGGUCACCACAACCAAGGAAGACCAAGAAAAGAUCACAUUUCAGACCACUCAAAGAAUCCAGUCAGAGCUCCUUCCUGGGUCCACCAUCAUCUCCAAACACCAAAUCCAAAUUGUCCCCUCCAAAACAAUGCGAUCGGGAAAGAAGCGUAACUUUCAUGGCAGACGUAGGAUCAUUCGGCCCAGCAAAAUUACAGACAUACAAUCUUUACUCAAUAAAUUCAAAUACCAUUCUACAAACAAGGAAGACAAUCUCACAUUUUCACACACUGUGGACAAAAUCACAGAUUGUGGCGAUGGGAAAAGGGUUACAUCUGGAGUGUCUACAGAUAAAUGCAAAAUAUCAGUCGAUCAAAGCCUGGUCAACCAUACAACUGGGUAUCACAUGUCAACUUCCUCUUUGAGAGUGACAGAAAAACCUGUCAUGCCAACUCAUUUGUCAGGCUCUGAAAAGACUUAUGCUGUCAUUGAUUCACAAAUGUCAGCAACUAUUGUGCCCACCAAUUCUGAGGAUUCAAGUGAUUCUAAAAGUUAUUUUAAUUCAGUAGAGAAAGAACUAACUUUUACAACCACAUCCACAAUGACAAUGUCUUCUAAAAUCACACAGGAGAAGAUUGAGUGGCAUAGACAGUUUGGAGACAAGGGGCAAAUGAAAGAAACGCUUAGCAAGCAUCACAACUCAUUUACGCUGUCCACUGAUGAGGAACAGAGGACCUCAGCAUCCACAGCAGAACCUUACAAGGCAACAACAACAGCAUCUACUACAGAACUAAAGCAUACACAUAUGAUUGUGUCUCCUCCAAUGACAAGAGAAAAUGACAAUACUCCAGAGACAUCAUUUGAAGACUCAUCAGGUUCUUCCUCCUUUAUAGAAACAAAUUUCUCAGACAAUGUCAUAACCCCAUCUACAACAGCUGAGCUUUUCAGCUUUCCAGUCUUCCGUGAGCUGUCCACAACCACAAAGCCAAUGGGAGUUUCUCACACUCUAGCAGCCCCACCAACGAUAGGAACUAAACUAAAGCAAGACACUGUUCAGAACAAGUUCUCAGGUUCUCAAACUGGAUUGUGGGGAAAGCAAAAGCCUGGUUAUCACACCAAAUCUACAACUAUAGCUUCACAAACUAAGCACAGUGGUACAAUAUUAAGGACUUUGCAUACACCCCUUGAAGAAACAAAGAGGUCUCCAUCACCUGAUAGUACUGGUUCUGGUGAGGAAUGGAGGGACUCUAAUAUGUCUUCUGCCACCAGUUUCCCAGAGGUCAUUACUUUGACCACUAAACCCACUACAGCCUCUGAUAAACCUCAGAGUAUAACAGUUACCUCAGACACAAUGACUAGCUCAACUUCAUUUACAUUCACUCCAUUUCCAUACGGUAGUAGUACUGUCAAUCUGAAUACAUUCGAUCACUCUACAAGGUAUGACACCUCAUCUUUGAGGGAUAUUACCUUCAAGCCAAGGAUUAAUGGUGGAAAAGCUGCCAGUUUUACUGUUCUCUCAAACUCUGAUGCUUUCCUCCCCUGCGAGGCCACUGGCAACCCUGAGCCCAUCAUCAGCUGGAACCGAUUCUCAUCUACUACAGGUAAUAUGUUGACCAUUAAAGGUAAAAUGGGUAAAUUUGAGGUUCUGAAGAAUGGAACAUUGUUCAUCCAAAAGGCAAACAUCAAAGACCAAGGACAGUACAUAUGUUUUGCCCAAAACGAGUAUGGCUCUGACAAGCUUGUGGUUACAUUGUCAGUUGUGGCCUAUCCCACCCGGAUACUGGAGAAAAAGAUGAGAGAUAUCAAGGUUCUUGCUGGGAAAACCGUGCACUUGGAAUGCAGGACAGAGGGCAGACCAGUGCCAAUUGUGUCAUGGAUUCUGCCUAAUCACACCGAAGUUAAAGGUUCGAUCACUGAGCAUGGCAGAGUAACAGUUACCACGAUGGGGACACUGACCAUUCAAGAGGUGUCCGUUUUAGAUCGUGGACAUUAUAAAUGUAUUGCAAGUAAUCCAGGUGGUACUGACACAGCCACUGUUCGUUUACAGGUGGUAGCAGCACCGCCUGCUAUACUGGAAGAAAAACGGCAGGUGGUGAGGGCUGACAUUGGUCAGAAUCUCUUUUUGGCAUGUAGCACUUAUGGUGACCCACGACCUACCACACACUGGGUCUUACAUGAUGGCACAAUAGUACAACCUCUAACUAACUCACACACUAAAGUUUCUGUUUUUGGAAAUGGUACACUUUACCUGAGGGAUGUACAAAUAACUGAAAGUGGAAAAUAUGAGUGUAUUGCAACAAGCUCUACAGGAUCAGAACGGCGUGUUGUUACUCUGUCUGUGAAGAGGACAGAAACUGCCCCUCAGAUCACUGAGACAUCACAACAAAGAACUGAUGUGAUAUAUGGUGGCUGCCUUCAUUUGAACUGCUCUGCAGUUGGGGACCCAAAACCUCAGAUUAUUUGGAGGCUUCCUUCCAAGGCUCUUGUGGACCAGUCACACAGAAUGGGCAGCCGUAUCAAAGUCCUGGAAAAUGGUACCCUCAUCAUUGAAUCAGUAAAUGAAAAAGACGCCGGGGACUUCCUCUGUGUUGCACGCAACAAAGUUGGGGAUGAUGUACAGCUAUUAAGAGUGUCAGUGUCUAUGAAGCCAGCUCGGAUUGAACCAAAUGUCUUUAGCAGGAAGCAAGUGCCUUAUGGCAAUGACCUAAAAGUGGACUGUGUGGCUGCUGGUGUCCCCAUGCCAGAGAUAUCUUGGGGACUUCCUGAUGGUACUUUGGUGAAUAGCGCCCUGCAAGCAGAUGGAACAGAAGGCGAUCAGUUCAAACGGUACACCUUGUUUAAUAAUGGAACACUGUACCUGAAUAAAGUGGGUUCUGAUGAGGAAGGUGAUUACACCUGUUACGCUGAAAACAAACUGGGUAAGGACCAGAUGCAUGUCCACAUAAGUGUGGUAACUGCAGUGCCUCGCAUUCAGCGUCCAAAUCUCUCCUAUGCCAAAGUGAAGCCAGGUGGAAAUGUUCGCUUUGACUGUACGGCUAUAGGUGAGCCCAAGCCAAAGGUCUUUUGGAUGCUUCCGUCCAAAGAUAUGAUUGCUGCAUCUAAUGAGCGUUACUUAGUACAUGCAAAUGGUUCCCUUGAUAUACGAAAUGUUAAAUUAGCUGAUGCUGGGGAGUAUGUCUGCAUGGCUCGUAAUUCUGCAGGCGAGGAGAAUAACGUAUAUAAACUAGACAUUGAUGGAAACCCACCCAUCAUCAAUGGCUUCAAACAAAAUAGAACUGUGAUGAAAGAUACAGCAGUCAAAUAUACAAGAAAGCUAAUAGACUGUAAAGCUGAAGGGUAUCCAGUACCAAAGAUCACAUGGAUCAUGCCUGACAAUAUAUUUCUUACCGCUCCCUAUUACGGAAGCAGGAUAAAUGUCCAUAGCAAUGGCACACUAGAGAUCCGUAAUGUUAGGCCAUCAGAUUCAGCAGAAUUUAUUUGUAUGGCUCAGAAUGAUGGAGGUGAGGCGGCUAUGUUGGUUCAACUAGAAGUGACCGACAAGCUCAGGAGGCCUAUUUUUAACAAUCCUUUUAAUGAGAGAGUGGUGACUCGGGUAGGGAGAACUGCAGUGUUAAACUGUUCUGCUGAUGGACAACCCAUUCCUGAGAUCAUAUGGACACUCCCCAAUCGAACUCGGUUCAGUGGAACACCUGGGUUCGAGGGCUCAAGACAUCACCUGGGUACAGAUGGCACAUUUGUUAUUUAUAACUCCAGCAUAGAGGACUCUGGUAAAUACCGUUGUUCUGCAAAAAACAAAGUGGGCUAUAUUGAGAAGCUGGUUGUUUUUGAGGUGAUUCAAAAGCCUUAUAUUCUAACACGGCCAAAGGGGAUUAUUCGAGGGAUUUCUGGACAGUCCCUCUUCCUACAUUGCUUGACAGAUGGAAUCCAGCCCAGCAUUUCUUGGACCACGCCAGGAGGUUUUGUUCUUGCACGUCCACAGGUGAGUGGACGUUACCAUUUGAUGGACAAUGGAACACUUGUUGUACUUGAGACGAUCAUACAUGAUCGUGGGAAUUACGUGUGCCGAGCAAAGAAUGACGCUGGUGAGGCGGUUCUUUCUGUGCCUGUCGUAAUUGUUGCAUAUCCACCCCGGAUCACUAAUGGGCCGCCACCAACUGUGAGAGGAGUGGCUGGAGUUCCUGUUUAUCUUAAAUGUGUUGCUAAUGGAGUGCCUACACCAGAGAUAACCUGGGAGCUACCAGAUCGAUCUAUUCUUUCUACAACUGGAAAGGAACGACCUCUGGGCAGCGAGCUUCUCCACGCACAAGGGACUCUUAUAAUACGAAACCCCACAAGAGCACAUUCUGGUACAUACAAGUGUAUAGCCUUUAAUUACCUGGGCAGAGAUACCAGAACCACAUAUAUGACAGUAAUAUAAGUUUGGUCAUGACUUCAUGACUUCAUGACCACUGUGACUAUUCAAAAGGCAAGCUUAAUUUUUAUUUUUUUUUAAAAACCUUGUUUCAUUCAGUUAUGUUACUUUGGCUUUCCAGGUUUUUAUAGAAGUUUAAUAGACAAAAUAUGGGUAAUUACAGUAUGCUGUUUGAGAGAAAAAAGAACUGUGAGGAAUUAUGUCAUUGAAAUAUAUAUAAAAAAUGGUUUAUGUCCAUAUUGAAUUGUAAAUACAUAAUUUUAUAUAUUAUGAUAUUGGCUUAAUAUUGUGCAUUAUUUGUAUUUGUGCAUCAUCUAACAUUCAGUCAGAAAGUGUUGAUUUGGCUGUUUCAUGGAGGGUGCACAUGCCGUGUGUAUCUACUAAAUCAGAGUGAAUCAAAUCAUUAUGAUUUGCCUAAAUACCAUGUUUAUUUU